AUGGCGUCAACCUGUGCAAACCACAGCAGCGAGGGCGAGAGCUGCCUCAAGCCCGCGCCGUUGUCUUGCAAAAACUGCCGCCUGGUCUCUUACUGUGGCUCUGAAUGUCAGAGGGAACACUGGGCCAUCCACAAGAAGGACUGCAAAUGCGCUGUGAUGAGCGAGACUUGGAAGCCAGCCUGGACAAUUGAGAACCGCACGCCAGAUUUCGUGCAGGAGGUGGCCAAGUCUUUCGAAUUCGGUGGUAGCAAGCACUUUUGGGGAAAUACCCCCGCCAUCGACGUCUUGAGACUGGACAAGAACGAGGGCAUAUCCUACGACAAAGAUUUGAAUGUCCUCUUUGCUGGUAAGUCUGAGGAGACACUCUUCUGGCUGGAUAGGCCGAGGCUGAUCAACAUGUACUUGCCAUUAGCUUCCGGUGACUUGAGAAACGUCAUCAAAACCAUCACGUCUCUUCCAGACUCGUUCGACAAAGAGUUGUAUGUCGUGCUGAACGACAAAGAAUUCGAUGUUUUUGCCCGAAAUGCGAUUAUGCUGCUUCUAUGCCUAGUCAUCGUUGAACCGGAAGAAGCGGCCAGCGCCAUCACCCACAUAUGGUACUCCAGCCUUAUCCAGGAAGCCAUAUCAAUCUCCUUCAGGAGAAGAUCCGUCCUAGGAUUGCCCAGGAUUGAAGGCAACUCCGAAGAUGCUCUCCAGACGACCUGGGAGUUCGAGACCAGCUCCCUGCAAAUGACCUUGUCAAAUGACAAUUGGAAACGGCUGCUCAACUUCCUCAAAGUGCCGGCUGGACUGACUGUCGAUCGGGCUAAUGAGAUUCGCACCGCCGUCACUCUUGCAAAGGAGUGCCGGGACUUUAGGGACCGCAAGUAUUCGACAAUGCCUCGCCCCCACCGUCUCGCCGAGGAACGAUUUCGUGAGGAUGGCAUCAUGGUGCCGUUUGGUGGUAGUCGAAAGCCAUACACGGUCCCGAACCCAACCAUGUUCCAGAACCCGAACCAGUGGCCGUUGCCAUACACCGCGAACCCCUUGCACGGCUGGGAUAUGUAUGAACUCUCAGCAAAGUCGUCCUCGCCAGCGACUUCAGAUCGCUAUGGGAUCCUUCAGGCUCAUGUCCAGACUCUACUGCAACAAUUCCACUCGCGACUCAGGACCCAUUCUUGCUCUUUCCAACUCUGGAAUCUGAAUGCCACAGAACUGCCAGGGUAUCUUAAGAAGGGUUCGUUUGCACGAAUCGAGAUGGCGAACAUCUGUGACGUUUCGUAUCCGGGCUGCGCAAGAUCUUUGGUUGAUCUCAGUCCUCUGCUACAGCGGCCUUCCGAGAACCCGCAUGCCACCAUCCUCAUGCUAUUCAUGAAUGCGACUCGCGAAAAGUUCACGACACAGGAUGAAAUUCAAGAAACUUUAAGGCUCGUUCCUGUGUUGUCGUUGGCAGGUUUCGUGCGCCCGCCUCGACCUGGUUUAGAACCGUACGGCCCCGAUUUCAUGCUUUUCAACAGAGCCCUGGGCUUCUACAUGGACCUGGAAACCUAUUUCGACCGGUAUGCCAAGGAACAACGCUUCGACCAGGUCGGAUCCUUCUGCGGCAUGGAAAUGAAGGAAGCUCACACGAUUGUGGACAAGUGGCUCCGGGCCCCGAAACUCCGACCAGGACAGCCUGGAUCACGACAGGAAUUUGACAUGCUUGUCCAGUCCGACCAUGGGGGACAUGAACGAUACGUCGAGUGGAAAUCGGUUGGAUCUUCGAUGCUUGCGAUGCUUAUGAGCAUGUCUUUGGGGGGAUAG